CUCGCGCCUCGCCCCUCGCGCCUCGCCCCUCGCGCCUCCCUCCUCCCAUCCCUCCUUACCCCCUCAGCAAGUCACCAAGCGCGUGGUUGUGGUGGCGGUUGUGGGUAUGCUGUCCAAGUUGUUCUCGUCGUUGUCGCUCUCGUUCACCACCUCUGCCCUCCCUGCACCGCACUGCCCACACGCCAAGCCCGAGAAGACGUACCAUGACGUAGUGGACGUACCGGGUAUUCAUAAGCUGCCAUCAUCGGAUCACAACGUCGGGUGGUCGAUGCUGAGCACAGUGAGCAUUGCUACGGCUUGGACUCUGGCGUCCAUCCACUGCAAUGGCUUUGUCACGCCGCACGUGUACAACGAGAAGGCGCUCGAGGACGCUGUCUACUUUCGUUCCCGCAAGCCCGGGCAGGGCCUCAUCACCGUCGCCAACCAUGUCUCUGAGUUUGAUCCGGGCUUUAUUCCCAUGACCUUGCGAUGGAUCACGUGCCUCCGGCCCAGACUCGUCCGCUGGACCCUCGCGGCCGAGGACCAGCUCUUUACUAACCUCGCGUCGUCGUACUACUUCCAGAGCCUCAAAGUGCUGCCGGUCACUCGCGGCGGCGGCGUGAUGCAGCCGAACAUGCUGCGCGCUGUUGAUAAGCUCAACGGGUCGAGCGCGUGGGUCAACAUCUUUCCCGAGGGCCGCAUCUCGAUGGACCACGCGCCCGACGAGAUCCCACCGCUGCUGCCGAUCAAGCUUGGCGUCGGCCGGCUCAUCACCGAGUGUGACACGCCGCCGAUGGUCCUCCCCAUCUACCAGGAGGGCAUGAACGUGACCAAGCCGCCGGACAAGGCGCCAAUUUUCUCGCGUGACAUCCAUGUCCAUGUCGCGGUCGGCGAGCCCAUCGAGCUUGCCGACAUCCUCGAGCAGGCCGCCGCCGAGGCGUGGGACGACCGUCGGACCUGGGCAGCCAUUGCUGUCCGUAUCGGCGAGGCCUUUGCCGUCAUGCGCGAGGAGAUGGCUGUUCGUCGCGCCGCCUCUGGCCUCUGA